AUGCUGUACGGCCAUAUUUCGCACUCGGAGAGAUCGCUUUAUGCAUGCUUCGUCGAUCUGCCUAUCGUCCCGCUGCACUUUGAUUCGCGCCUGCAGCCAGCCGUGUACGUCAUCGCAGAGAAGGCUGCCGACAUCAUCAAGGCUGCGGCCUAA